AUGCAUUCGGACCUGGAGAUCGACAUGGAUACAGACACAGAAACCACAGCACUCUGCCCCUCCGGCAGCCACCAGGCCUCCCCGCCAGGGACGCCCACACCAGAAGCAAAUGCCACAUUGCUGAAGAAGCCAGAUAAAUUGUUGGCAGGGCUGGACCGGAGCGAGCCACCCUCGGCCCCAGGGGCCCCCAGACGAAGAGGCAGUAUGCCUGUCCCCUACAAGCACCAGCUGCGGCGGGCCCAGGCUAUCGAUGAACUUGACUGGCCACCUCAAGCCUCAUCCUCUGGCUCCUCUGACUCCUUGGGCUCAGGGGAGGCAGCCCUCACCCAAAAGGAUGGCAUCUUCAAGGUCAUGCUGGUGGGGGAAAGCGGCGUGGGCAAGAGCACCCUGGCAGGCACUUUUGGCGGUCUCCAGGGAGACAGUGCUCAUGAGCCAGAGAACCCAGAGGACACCUAUGAGAGACGCAUCAUGGUGGAUAAGGAAGAAGUAACUUUAGUUGUUUACGACAUCUGGGAACAGGGGGAUGCAGGAGGGUGGCUGAGGGACCACUGCCUUCAGACCGGGGAUGCCUUUCUCAUCGUCUUCUCAGUCACUGACCGACGAAGCUUCUCCAAAGUUCCAGAGACCCUACUUCGACUCCGGGCUGGAAGGCCCCACCACGACCUGCCCGUCAUCCUGGUUGGAAACAAGAGUGACCUGGCCCGCUCCAGGGAGGUCUCAUUGGAGGAGGGCCGCCACCUGGCAGGAACACUGAGCUGCAAGCACAUCGAGACAUCCGCCGCGCUGCACCACAACACGCGGGAGCUCUUCGAGGGCGCUGUUCGCCAGAUCCGGCUGCGGCGGGGCCGAAGCCGCGCAGGCGUCCAGCGGCAGGAGUGGGGCAGCCCCGAGGGCCCCGCGCCACCUGCGCGGCGCGAGAGCCUCACCAAGAAGGCCAAGCGCUUCCUUGCCAACCUUGUGCCCCGCAACGCCAAAUUCUUCAAGCAGCGCUCCAGGUCGUGUCACGACCUCUCUGUGCUCUGA